AGCUGAGGCAGAAAAGCGUUUACAGAGUUUUGGAAUAUCAAACAGUUAUCUCCUUCGUCUUAGCCGUGCAGCACAUGGCAACGAUGCGUGGGAAGACAUCUACGUUCUUUCUUACCUUUCUUCAGAAUUUGCUUGUUUUCAUUUCAGACUUAUUCCUCGUUUCAAUUGUUUUCAACUUGGUGGAAGAUUCUUCGAUAGCCUAGAUGGAUGCUUGUCAAGGUAUUACACUCGUGACAUCAUGACAGGAGAGCGACUUAAGCAUCCCAUCCCACCUACAAGCCUCCCAAUUGAAUAUCACACUCAACGUCUGCGUGCUGUACAGGAUUUCGAACCAGAAAAUGGAUAUGACCGGCUCGGGUGUGUUGUAAAUGAUCGUUUUUUACUAAUCUAUGAAGAUCCAAAGUCAGAUUGGGUCCUUGCUACUUCUUUGAAAUCGCGUCAUUCAGGUUAUUUACCGAAAUCAUGUGUCGAAAAAGAAUAUCCAGAGAUAAUUGAACGUUUAGAUUUUUUUCAUCCUGAUCCAACACCUCAUCCUAAAGAAUUAUUAAAGAAAGCUGGUCCAUUUAGUUAUUUAUUACGUCCUUGUGAUUCACGUCCUGGACUAUACACAUUACUUUUAUACGAUGGAGUACGUGUUCGUAAAUGUCGACUUGAGCUAGUUGUGCAAUCAGAGCUUAUACUUCAUGAGAAUGUGACACCAACCAAUAAAACUAAUCAAGAUCUUGAUAAUAAUAAUAAUAAUAAUCAUGAUCAGAGAACGAAUGAAUUAUCGUCGAGUGAACGUAUCAGCAAUAAUUUCAAUGCUGACUCAUGCCCAUCUUACUGUAAUAAUAAUAAUAAUAAUAAUAAUAAUAAUAAUAAUAAUAAUAAUAAUAUUAAUGACGAUCAUAAAUCAAAUGAAUUCCAACCGAAAUCAGAUCAAUUCUGUUUAAUCAAUAACAAUGUCAAAGACAAUCAUCAUCAGCAUCAACAUCAUCAUCCUACUUUAAUCAAUGAAUUAAUUAAUUUUCAGCCACCAUUAUAUCGUACAACUACUAAAAUCCUUUAUAGUGGUACAAUAUUUCCUAAUUUUGAAUCAGUUAUUACAGCGAUUGAAUUACAUCAUUUUGAUAAUUAUCCAAUAGACGAAUUGAAUCAUUUAAAUAUCUCUGAUGAUGGAUGCAAUAAUAAUAAUAAUAAUAAUAACUAUCCAAUGAAUGAUGAAAUCAAUGUUCAUGAAAACUAUUCUUCAAUAGAUAAUAAUUCUUCCAAUAAUAAUAAUCAUCAUCAUCAUCAUACAACAAUACCGCCAACAACAAUUCAACAUGUAUUUAAACCUUUGUGUAGAAAGCGUAAACCUCAGGUUCACACUUCUCCUUCGUCUACUAUUUACAUGGAUAUGUGUUAUGCCCGUCAACCGCCAACAUCUCAUCAUCAGUCGGUGACUGAAAUUCAUGGAGAAUUGUCUAUAUGGUUACAACAAAGAAAAAAAUGGAAACCAUGUUAUGCUCAUUUAGAUAGAAAACAAAGUAUACUAACAUUAGUUGAUGGUGAAAAACGUAAAUCGGAACGAUUCGAUCUGUCUAAAUGUGAUUUCUUUCCUAUUCAUCAUACAGCAUAUGAAAAAUAUUUUUGUUUUGGUCUAGUUUUAUACGGUGCAUCAGCUGGAGAUCGAGAAGAAUUUGUUUUACACGUUGAAGCGCCAUGUUCAUCGAAUAAAUCCCAUUUAAAUGUUAUCAAUUCAUCAGUAUCUAAUCGUAUUAAUUUUUUCAGUACUUAUGAUUUAGAUGUGAAUUCAUAUGCUGGUCGUCCUGAAGAACCACCGUAUAUAUUUCAAAAUUUAUCACAAUCAUGUUGCCGUUGUACAUGUGAUUGGACUACACGAUCAAAUUCAACUUCUACAGAUACUAAUAAAUCCUUGUCAUCAUCAUUAUCAACUUCAUCAACUAAUCAGAAUGUUAACAAUUCAUCAGAGAAUACAAAUCAUUGUCAUGUUCAUUGUGAUUUACCACCAGCCAGUUGGGAGAUUAUCUAUCAAAGAUGGGUGACAAGUUUAAAACGACAUUGUCGUAAUACAAAAGCAGAUUCAGCCACUGAAGAUAAUGUAUCACUUAGACAAACUCAAUUAAGAUGUUAUCGUAAUCUUGAGAUUAAGUUCAGUAACGCGAAAUUAAUGCCAACUUCAUCAUCAUCAUCAUCGUCGAAGUCACGUCGAGAUGAAUCAAUUUAUUCUGUAAAUUUAGAUGGAUUUGAAAUAGGACGUGCUUAUUCUGGCUCAUCGGUUGUAUCAAUUGUAUUAGACGAAUUUCCAUUUGGUUUUAAAAAGAUCGAAGUGUUCAUGAAAGAAGAUAAACGUAAACGUUCUGUUGCCCUGGAUUUUGAUAUUGUUCAAUACAAUACUACUAUUAAUACUACUAAUACUACUACUACUACAAAUCCUAAUAAUCUCAUGAUUAUCGAUCAUGAUAAACCAUUUCCUACUUGUCAUUCAUCAUCAUCAUCAUCAUUACCAUUAUCGAAUUCGAUCAUUUCCUCUUCGUUGCAUAAUUCCAUCUGUGAUAUACAAGAACGUAGCAAUGGUCAAGUAUCGAUUAUUUACAAAGAAUUACAUGUUAUCCCAUUUCAAUAUUAUGAGAAUUUUCGUCAGACAAUAAAAACUUAUAUGAAUUCUGAAUUUAUCCCAUUAUGUAUUCAUGUAUGGAAAUCAUUUGCACAUAAUAUGAAUCAAUUGAAUUUUGUCACUAGUCUACUGCUGACAACUAUUGAAUUGAAUUGUCAUUUAGAAUUGAUUGUUAAUUUAUUACGAAUUGAAGUGAAUAAUGAUAAGCCAAUUAGUUACCUAUUCGCCUUUUUUUAUGAUUAUUAUUUUUAUAAUGCGACAGAUAUUUGUAAUCUGUACUGUUAA